AGGGGGUACUUAACCGGGUACAGUUUGUUGACUCCUCACUUAUCUUAGCAGACAUGUUAGCUACAACUACUCUACUAUUGGUGGUCGGAUUGGUCCUGGGUGACGUUGGACACAACCAGAUCCUGGAUUUCCCUGGACCCGCUAACACAGAGAACUACAUCAGCUACAACCCUGAUUUACCCGCUCUUACUGGACUGACAGUUUGUGCCUGGCAGCAGAAGAGUUACUCUGAUAACAAGAGGUAUUGGUUCAGCUACGCUGUACCGGGGACUGACAACGAGAUUAUCCUAGGAGAGAGGGAAACAGGACUUUACGUAUUCUACCUGGGAGGAAGUAGUUUUGGAGCUAAUGUCGGGGCACCAGAGAAUCAGUGGGUACAUGUGUGUGCAGCCUGGGACUCAGAGAGUGGAGUAGCUGUCAUCAGUGUCAACGGAGAAGCAGCAGCGACUCAAGAAGGUUUCAAGCAGGGUGGAAGUGUGAGGGCAGGAGGAAAUCUUGUUAUUGGACAGGAGCAGGACAGUGUUGGAGGGAGGUUCGACGCUAGCCAGGCAUUCCUGGGCAGACUGUACAACAUCAACGUCUGGGACUACGCACUCAACUCCACCGAUGUGGCCUUCCUUUACGAGACUGGUUUCUGUGGGUACGGCUCAACUGAGGCCGACCCUAUCAUCUCUUACGCUGACCUGCUCGCACAAGAUUUGAGUGGAGCCACAUCCGUCAUUGAUGGACCCUGCAUUGACCUGGAGGACCCCAGCAACGGACAGGUUCUGAGGUUCCCUCCUCAGUCGCAGGCCAGCACAGCUAAUUUCCUGCAGUUCUCACCUGAUCUUGGAAGUGAAGAUUUCGGAGAGUUCUCCAUCUGCACCUGGUUCUUCAAGACAUACGGGGACCAGUCUAGGUACUUCCUGAGCUACGCAGUUUCAGGUGAACAUAAUGCCAUCAUCCUGGGUGAACAGGCCACACUGGGCUUCUGGGUAAACGGAGCUAAAAUGCUGACAGACAUCCUCCUGGAACAACAAAGGUGGUAUCACCUGUGUUUCACACGGGGUAGUGACAGUGGGGCUGUGAUCUAUGUGGACGGAGCCAAAGUUAAAGAGGGUGACUUAGCAAAGGGUGGUUUGACAAAGACUGGUGGAGUAAUGAACAUUGGGCAAGAACAGGACUCUAUGGGAGGUAGUUACGAUGCUAGCCAGGCCUUUGCCGGGAGUCUCUACAACCUGAACAUGUUUAACGUGAAGCUGACUGACGAUCAGGUUGCUCAGAUCUACGCUAACGGCACUUUCUGUGAAAUGGUACCUGACGAGAUGUGGGAGAGUGAGAGUGUAAUGAUAGCCUACAAGGACCUGUUCAGUCUCAUUCCUGAUGGAGAUGUGAUGUUUGAUAGUGGAGAGACAUCCUGGAGACACGGUGCUAUCCACUGUCAGGGUACAGAUCUAGACGAGGACGCACAUAAGCCUGACUGCUGGCAGACAGAGGAGGGACGCAGGUACAAGGAUAACUCAAACUUGGGAUAUAUCGUUGGAGACGUGGACGCUGCCAAGGCUGCUUGCUACGCGUACGGUAAAUGUAAAACUCUUACCUGUUACAUGAAGAAUGGGGAACAGAGAUGUGAUAUGUUGUCCACAUAUGAGAAACAGAAGAAGGACAACAAGAAAACCUCUUAUACAUACAGAUGUUAAAUAACUUGGACGCUUAACUUUUCUUUAAUUCUGUAGAAUAUUUUCCUUUCAAUUUGACUCUUGAUAGAAGUAAAAAGAUUUAAAAGUGUAUUUAAUAUGAUAGACGUAUUUUUAUUCGGCA